GAGAAAGAUCCCUUGGCACCGGACCUUCAGGCAGAUGUUGCAAGUGUGGAAGUGAUGCCGAUCAAAUUGCCUGAAAUAAAAAAGGAGCCUCCCGAUGUUCCUGAACAGGAUGCAGAGGUAGUGCAGCGCCAAGAAAACAAUGGAGACUCCAUGGCUGAGGCGGUGGCGCCGCCGCCUUUCGAUGAGGACGAUAUGAGCCAGAGCUCGGGUCGAAUCACCAGAAGCCAGUCGACACAAAGCGGCCGGGGGCAAAGCGUGGAUGGCACAGAAACAGAACUGGAAAAAAUACAAGGUGAAGCAGCCAAAACAGCAUGUAACAAGAUUACUGAUACUGGGGAAGCAUCAUCACGAAGGAAUUCUUCUACUUUCCCUAAUACUUCGUGCCCGUUUUGCGAACGAAGUUUUACCUCUCGGAAGAUGCUAGAACAGCACGUAAAUGUUCACAUGGGAGAGAAACCCUUCGUAUGUACGGUUUGUGGGACAGCGUUUUCUUGGUGUAGUAACUUGAGAAGGCACGUGAACAAUGUUCAUAAAAAGCACAAAAAAUCCAAGAAACAGAAAACGACGACGGGAACCCAUUCGUCUACGGCAAGGCUCGAGCCAGUCGAGGACGACGGGACAAAGAUGACAACUACCACUACUCCUGCGUCAGCGAGUGCGAAAUCAUCAGUAGAAGAGAAAACGUCAGUGGCAACAUCUUCGGAAAUAUCAAAAUCUUCACAAAUCCCCACCUACACUCAGAAAGAACGUAACGAUAUCGAAGAGCAACCACCUCUCUCUACAAAAAGAAGCAGCAACGAUGAUUCGACUUCGCAAGGCGCUCGGCUUCGCCUCCAGGCAUGCCACGUGUGCGGGCGAAAAUUCUCUAGUGAAAGCUAUCUGAAGCAGCACAUGAACUCCCAUUCGGGAGAAAAACCGUACGAGUGUACCCAAUGUGGGGUGACGUUCGGGUGGGAAAGUAGUUUGCUGAGACACAAACGGAAGGCACACAGAGGCAAGCAGUCCCCGGCGAAAAACAACCCAGUGGUAUCAAUGCAAACGGGAACCAAGAUAUCAAUGGUAAAGACCUGCCCAGACACGGAAGUUGUUAAGAGUUUUAUUCCGCAGACUGAGAAAAUGGACGCUGGCAUUCCUCAUCAAACAUCUCUAAUAAGUGACGGUAACAAUCAAGGAUCUAAACGGCUGAUACUAGAUCAUCUACGAAGACAUACUGCUAGUGGGCAUCAUCAGUGCAAUCUAUGCGGGCGAAAGUUCUCCAGCCGGUGGCAUUUGGAUCGUCAUGUUAACUCUCACUCUGUGUUGAAGCCAUUCCGUUGCUCGCUGUGUGAAAAGAGCUUCAUCUGGGAACGCAACUUAAAAGCGCAUUUAUGCAUUCACAUGAAAGAAUCUGAACUUCAAUCUGCGGAAAAGAAGACUCAAGACCGAACACGGAUGCAGCAAGAGCCAAGCAGUAUGUCUGGUGCAAAAGCAAAUGAGAAUAAAUAUGCCCGUUCCGAACCUAGUUUGGAUUCAGAACAGGUGGUAUGUAAUGAAUCAUUGUGUACAAUGCAGUGUCAUGUAUGUUCAAAGAGAUUCACUGUAUUAGGAAGUUUGAAAAGGCAUAUGCUUAAACACACGGGUAUAAAACCAUUUUCUUGUGUUGUAUGCGGAAAAAAGUUUUCUAGGAAAGACUACUUGCAAUUACAUUGCAAAUUGCAUUACAAAAAUACUAAUUUGAAACAAAGAAAGCAAAAUAUGCCACCAGGAAAAAAAUAUGGCAACAAGAAAAACACAUCAGGGAGUUUGGAUGAGAGAGAUUUGACAACAAAAAAAGUCCCAGAAAAAUCAAUGGUACAAAAAGUUCAGGAUGAAAUGACAGGAACUAAAACAGAGAUUCCUCAGCAACUGAUGACGAAGAACAAUCUAGUGGAAACUAAUGGCUUAGCAGCCAGUAGCUCAAGUCAAGUUACUAAAGAGCAAUAUCAGUGUAUAAUGUGUUCAAAGCAAACUAAUUCCAAGGCAGCAAUGCUCGCACACAUGCAAAUGCACAUGGGAGGAAGCAAUACACUAUGCAGUAUUUGUGGGAAAAAAGUGAAUAAUCUCCCACAGCACAUGUUGCAACAUACUGGUGAAAAACUAUUCAAGUGUUCAGUCUGUGAGAAAAGGUUUUCUAGGAAAGAUCAUUUACUCAAACACGAACUCAGAUGUGCGCAAAAACUGGUUAAUAUUGAGGAACAUGAUAUCCAAGUUGUAAAGAAGUCACAGGCAGAGAGAAGAAAAAGUCAAAGGCAAUGCCCUGUUUGCAAGAAGAUGCUCAACAGCAGUUACUUGAAAGAACAUCUUCGUAUUCAUUCCGGAAUUAAACCAUUCCAAUGUAGAUUCUGUUCCAGAACAUUCCGAUUUAAGAGUGGUUACCUGAAUCAUUUAAAAUUUCAUAAGAAGAUGAAACAAGAUUCAUUAAAAGACAAAGUAACAACAGAAGAAACAUUAAAAAAAUCUCCAAAAAAAGAAAUUGAAAAUGACAAUAUUACUAAGAAACAAAAUUUGGAAAACUAUGAAUGUUCAAUGUGUGGCACACAUUUAAGCUCUAAAGCAGCUUUGCUCUGCCAUGUUCUCAGACAUGAGGGUAAGGGGAAUACAUGUAACAUUUGUGAUAAGAAAUUGACCUCAUCAAAGCAUCUUUUAAGUCAUAUGCGCACACAUACAGGAGAAAAACCCUUUGAAUGUGAAGUGUGCAAGAAGAAAUUUACUUGGAAGGAAAGUUGGCAAAUUCACACUAAAACACACAUUGAAAGAAACAACCUGAUAGAUGAGAAGGGGCAGAGUGAACAUCCACAGAAGAGAUGUGUAGAAGAUACAAGCUCAGAAAAUCUCAAAUUGAUAGGAACUACAUCUGGUGGUAAUUUGAAGCAAAGUAAGAAAGGGAGUUCUUUCCACAGACAGAUGGUUUCAGUCUCCAAAGUGAUGAAAAAACAUCAAAAUAUAAAUAGAAAAAAGUUUCAUUGCAAGGUCUGUAAUCAAAUAAUCUCUUCCCGAAUUAACUUUUUUAUUCACAUGCAAUCUCAUUCAAAAGAGGAAAUGUUUAGCUGCACAAUCUGUCUUAAAAUUUUCACCAGAAGAGAGACUCUAAAAAUUCACAUGAUAUCACAUACACACAUUUCUAAUAAAAAAUUUGACAAAGAAGCUGAUAACAUAAAUGCUGAAAAACAGCAAGGAAAAGUACAUACUCAGAUAGAUAAAUCGUUAACAUGUCCCAAAGAACCCACUCGAUCCAGCAAAAUAUCUACUAAUGACUGUGAGACUGAUGAAUCAUUUUUGGUGACUCAUUUCAGUGAUCAUAGAAAGGUUUCUAGCUCUGAUAGAGUAGAUGAGGGAAAAUUGCUCGACAAAAAUGAUUCUAAAGUUCAUAGAGGUGUGGUUCUGGUAGAUACCAAUCAGAGUAUCAUGCAAGGAAAUCCUGUUAGACUGGAUCAAGAUUCAAAAAGAGAGCGUCUUCCUUCACAAGCUCAAGAAACAGUGGGAUCCAAUGCCAGUACGAGUCAGUCUUUUGACAGAAGAGCUGAAACGAUCCAACCAGAAGUCAAAUCAUAUCAAGGAAAUAGUACAAAAGGUGCAGAUGCUAAAAACAAGACCCUGGCUUGUGAGUUAUGUGGAAAAGUGUUUUCUGGGCAGCCAAAACUACUAAGACAUCUAAUGAACCAAAGUUGUUCACAACAAUUUGAAUGUAAUAUUUGUCAUAAAAAUUACAGUUCUAAAGGAAGGUUGAAUAGACAUAUGCUACAGCAUUCAGAUUUAUCAAACUGUGAUGGUGACAUAGCAAGGCCUCCGUUACAAUCAUUGCAGGAACCCGAGGUGAUUAUCAUUGAUUCAAGGUCUCCUAGCCCAGAGAAUAUAAAUGAAAGUGUCUCCUCAGACAAGCAGAGAUUUGACAAGUGUGGAGAAGAUUUACAUUCAAUGAUAGUGAGUGGUGUAAAAGAAAAAUGUAACAAUGAAAAUACUCUUACAAAUUUUGUGUCACCAGAUAAGACUCCAAUAGAAAGCUUAACAGAUACUGCACAGCCUACGGCUACAUCGAGCAGAGACGUGUGCAUUGCCUCAAAUUCCUCUGCGUAUCGAAAACCAUCCGAGGAUAUGGUAACAUCCGGAGAGAAGGAAGACUCAGUAGUUUUACCAAGAAAGACUAUUCAGCCAGAAAUAGCAGACGUAGAUGUAUCCGAGGUCAACAAACACUUUGAAUGCGACCAUUGCGAACUGACGUUUGACACGCAACGGGCUUUGCUCAAGCACAGUCAUGCUCCUGUCACGAAUCCUGAAUCACCGCUCAAGUGCAGGUUCUGUCCUUUGACGUUUACCUGUGAAACUACAAGAUUGAACCAUUUACAGAUACACGAGACAAUUCCUCUGGGUAACUUGCCAAAGACCAGUGCAGGCAGAAAAAGACCAGAAACCACAGAGCGUAUAGGAAUGGCUGAAGGAUGUGCUAAGAAAGAUGAAAACACACGGGACGGAAAUCAAAUACCCAUGACGGAGGUGCGGUGGACAGAACAAAGUUUGGAACAAUGCAAAGUGUGUAGUGAAAAAUAUGAUCCUAAAAAUUUGGUUAAACACAUGAGUAUACAUACCGGUGGUAUAUCAUUUCAAUGCGGAUUAUGUGGCCGAAUGUUCGCUAAAGAAACAGUGAUUAAAAGUCACGCUAAAACACAUGAUGAGAAAAUGACAAUUCAUUUUCUGUGUCACAUGUGUGGACAAGCUCUGACUUCUCCGAAAGCCUUAACUGAUCACGUUCAAAACCAUAUAGAGCAACUACCCUUUCGUUGUCGCGUGUGCGGAAAAAACUUCUGCGAUUCAUCUGAGUUGCAGGUACAUGUUAAAUGCCACUCUGGUGAAAAACCAUUUCAAUGCAAGAUUUGUCGCAAGCGGUUCGCGUGGAAAAUAAAUCAUCUAAAGCAUUUAAAUAUGCAUUGUAGAAACAAACGUGUGGCGUCGACUAAAGCAGCGGAAGAUAGACAAGUAAUGUCAAAGUUGCGGGCAACUCUUGAACGCAGAUUCCAACUGGCGAAGAACGUCGACGAGAAGGUUGGCGAUUCUUCGACCCUCGAAGAACAAAGGCAAACACAGUUUUUGGAAGGGGAACCUACAGAUAACUGUACGUCUAAGUCCUCGGAAGUGAGGAAUCACAAAGAAAAUAAUUUUUCGUCACUGAUUGAGGCUGACAAAAACAAACCAAUGUUUGGGAUAACGGAGAUGGACAAGACAAGUAAUCCUGUUACAUCCUACACUAAUCUCCCAGAGUCAACUACAGUGACUCGUGGUUUGACAGAUGAUUCACCUACGAUAGUGAGAGCCUUAGGCAGGACCCCGAUAACUGCCAGAACAAGUCCCUUUGAGGUAGGAGAUAAUGAGAAGAGAAAAUGUCCAGAACUGUCGGAUAAGGCGCGGAUCAAAGAAACGUUGGGCAUGAGUAGACUGGAUGUAGAAAUAAAAGCGAUCGGCGACAUUCCGAAACCACGAGACAAACAGAAGCAACGGCCUGUAGCAGAUAUAGUUAUAACUGGAGUACCCGUUUCCGAGCGUGUUUUAGAGGGAGCUAGAGGUGGUUGCGGAGAAACUAGUCAAAGACAAAAAAAUUCAUCCGCCUCUGAAAGAUCGGUCAGUAAAGCAUUAGCCAGGAGCAACGUUGAGGUUAGAGAUCCAGCGCAAACUAGUGCUUCAACGCUACUGAAGAACUUUGCAAAGAGUGACCCAUUGUCAAAACAUCUAAUAUCUGAAAGCGAAAUGCCAAUUUGCUUGGAGCCGAAGAAGCCUAGUGGAAAUACCUCAGCGAAAACUAACAUUCAUAAUAUAGGGCCUCAAGUAAGCAGCGGUGCCGUGGCCCAGAACAAGGAGGUUCAUGAUGUCGCCCAAAAUAUUCUGGAGAACCAUAAACGGAAUGUGAGAUCACCGGAGGCACCGACCAGAGGAAGGAAUUUUCCCGAUGAACUUGAGAUGCAUAAGCGAAAGAGUGUCCCGAAACUAUCGUCCAACCGUCCUGUAGUAAAUUGUAGGGAUACUGUGAUCAGAGAAGGGGCAAUAUCCAAGAAAGUGCAGGAAAAAGAAGUGGAAAUAUUGCGAGAAACUGUGGGAGACCGUAGCUUCAGCUUAACACCACCAGUCAAUUUGGGAGGAAGGAGUACAGUGUCGCAUAUUGAAACAGAAUUUGCUGGAAAACAAAUAACGAGGGGGGAGAUAACGGAAGCAACGAAUCCUAGAUUUUCGGAGAACGACGCGAGAACUAUUUGUUGGCAACCGGCUCACGUUACGAUCACCAGGGAACCACUUUCUGUGAGGUCGUGCGGCGAAGUACUGGAAGGGAGAACGGGUGGCUCUUCCACGCCUCCUGAAAACCAAAGACAUGUCGUGCAACCCGUAGAGUCCCAGGCAAUUGGAAGAACGGCCACUAAAAAUAUCGAAAUUGUGGACAUCGAGUCGGAGGAUGACGAAUCCCCAAGGAGUAACGUUAAUCCUCAGAGGUCGAUAACCGAUCAACGAGUGCAAGGAAGAGGAUGCGGCCAAUCGGAAGAGACCUGCGACAAGAUUGUUAAGCAGAUGGAGGAAACAGGUACCUGGGCAUCGUUCUUUUUGUCACGAUUCGACGGCGGCGCCCGGUGGCCGGCGCCCGGUGGCCGGCGCCCGGUGGCCGGCGCCCGGUGUCGGUGGCCGGCGCCUCGGUGGCCGCGCCUCGGUGGCCGGCGGCCCGUGCUGUUCGCCGGUGGCCGGCGCCCGGGGGCCGGCGGCCCGGUGGCCGCGCUCGGUAGACGGGCCCGGGGUGAUGGCCGGCGCGCUCGGCUCGCGCGGCGUCGUGGGCCGCCGGGGCCGCGCUUCGGUGGCCGGCGCUCGGUGGCCGGCGCUCGGGUGCGCCCGGGCGCGUCGUGGCCGGGCGCUCGGUGGCCGGCGCUUCGGUGGCCGGCGUCGGCCGGCCUGGCCGGCGCUCGGUGGCCGGGCCUCCGUGGCCGGCGCUCGUGGCCGGCGCUCGGUGUGGCCGGUCGCGCUCGGUGUGCGGCCCGCGUGUCGGCGUGGCCGGCCUGGGCGGCUCGGUGUCGCCGCCCGGUCCGCGUGAUCGCGGUCCGGCGCUGGUGUCCGCGGUCGGUGUGCCGGCGCUCGUGUCCGGCGCUCGGUGGCCGGCGCUCGGUGGCCGGCGCUCGGUGGCCCGGCGCUCCCGGUGGCCGGCGCUCGGUUGGCCGGCGCUUCGGUGGCCGGCGCUCGUGGGCCGGCUCGGUGGCCGGCCGCUCGGUGGCCGGCGGCUCGGUGGCGGGCGCUCGGUGGCCGGCGCUCGGUGGCCGGCGCUCGGUGUGCGCCGGCCGCUUCGGUGUGCCCGGCGCUUCCGGUGGCCGGCGUCUCGGUGGCCGGCGCUCGUGUCCGGCGCUGGCUGCUCCCUACAACGCAAUUCUCCACAUCGUUCCUUUCGAAAGUCCUGCUUCUUCCUUCUGCAAGAGCUAAAUGGCGGCAGCAGCAAUGACCAUCCGACGAUGACCAUGUAGAGAAACAAAUUGACAUGUGUGCAGGAGCCAAAGCAGGGCAAUCGCACACACAAUUUUCUACCCCUUUACACAAAGUAUCUUGCAGAAUCAUCAGUUACCAGUGCAAUGGAUGGCACUUGGCAGGGAAUGGAGUGAGAUCUCAUCCUGAUCAUAGGAGGAUAUGGAAACAGUGUACACAACAUGGAUCCUCUUAUGUUUGCACCACCCACUGGCGCAUGGUAUGGUGUCUCUUCAACUAACUACUCACCAACACCUGGUGGUUUCUUUGGCUGGGUUCCACAGACUCCUUCAUACCAAACAAUUUCGUCAAAUUCUGCUUUUAUGACAAGGAUGCCUCCACCGUAUCCAGACAAUAAUAUUUACAAAAAUUACCCUCCUCCUCCAUACAGUGAUUCACACUUAAUGUAAUUGGUUCCCUCUCAUGAAGAACAAACCAUGGAUAUUCAAAUCCACAACAAGGAAGACAGAAGAUAAAAAAUGCCUUAGAACCAUUCAUCCUAAAGACAUUGCCACACUGUUUCAUUUUCCUUAAAUUUUUUGUAAUUACUACUCUUUUGUAUUUCCAAGUAAUUCUUUUAAGCACUGUCUUGUGUAAUUAUUUUGAUUCACUAAUUGUCACAAUCACCUCAUGGUUUAUACUUUGUAAGAAUUAAGUUACAUUGACAACCCACAACACUUUGCUAUAAUAAAAUGUUAUUUACCCUUUUUUUUCUGUUAUGGCAAAAAUCUGAUGAAUAAGAUUAGGCCCAAGGAAUCCAAUUUGCAUGGUAGAGCACCCCUUCUUUUAAAAGAAGUCUGAAUGCUCUAGAUUUAAGAGACUUUCAGCACUGCUUGAAGAGAUACGCACAGUUGAGAACUAAUUCAAUUUAUGGACCAAUACACUCAAUAAUAAUAAUAAUAAUAAAGGAGCUGUGAAGUUUCCUUUCAAUGGGGAAGCAAUGUCUUUCUUAUUUUGAAUGAUUUCUUGCUUUUCUCUUUUUACACUUUUGCAUACUGCUUCCACAUUGUUUCAUGUGGUUUAAUAUUCCUAGUUUUCAAAGUGGAACAUCAAUUAAUAUCAAGGAGUAUUGGUGGAAUGCUGAUGAAGUUCUGUUGACAUUAUUAAAGGAUAAAAUAAUUGAAGUAAUCUUUGUCCACUUAGAUGUAUUCAGAGAGCCAGAUUUCAAUGGCUGUGCAGU